CUUGGGUCGGUUGAUUCCGCACACCUUUGUAAGAGGAGGAACACACAACCCAAACCCCCUGCUAUUUUCUUGUGCAAGAAGUAAAAGCGCGGCUUAUAUAAAGCACCACAAACACAAACCCACAUAUCUUCUGAGGUACACAACGCAUGGCUACACCAUUGAUUACAGGUCUUGCAGUUGCCACCGUUGCAUAUGCUGGAAAAUACAGCAUCCAGGCAUGGAAUGCUUUUAAAGCAAGACCAGCCACAGUUCGAUUGCGCAAAUUUUAUGAGGGGGGUUUCCAACCUACUAUGACAAGAAGAGAAGCAAGUCUUAUUCUUGGAGUCAGAGAAAGUACUGCAAUGGAGAAGGUCAGAGAAGCUCAUAGAAGGGUGAUGGUUGCAAAUCAUCCUGAUGCAGGUGGUAGCCAUUAUCUUGCCUCUAAAAUCAAUGAAGCAAAAGAUAUGAUGCUUAGAAAAACCCAGGGUGGUGGAUCUGCAUUUUGAUGUCGGGAUAAUCUUAAUUAAAGAUUAUUUAUGAUGGUGAACUACUAUAUUAUGAGAUUCUUUUUUGUGGAGAAGCUGAUUUGCGAGAGUUGGAGAUAUAUUAUUGGUGUAACAAAAACGAAAGUUGGCCUAUGUUGCAGCUUUAUAUGGAUGGUAUAAUAAUUAAUCUUGUGAUAUUUAUUUGUGGAAUUUUUGAAAAAUGAUCCUACUGUAUCAACUUGAGAAGCACAUUUUCUCUGUAAGGGGGAAGGGUAAUCUUCCUGGUCCCAACUCCCAAGCAUGUGUAUGCUCGUGUUGGGACCUUUUAUAUGACAUUAUUUUUUGGCAUGUGCAUGCUCAUGCUUUGACUUCUAAUAUAAUACUUAUAUUUUGCAUGUUGGAUAAA